AUGCUUGUUAAUUUGUUAGGUUCAUAUUUUCACAAGAGCCUAAGUGGAUGGUUGAGAGAUCACAUAGAAAAAUUUCUAGAAAAUUUCGUGGAAGGAAUAAAUGCAGACCAGUUCAGAAUGAGUCUGUCCAGAGGAGUUAUUGAUCUCAAGAAUUUAUCCAUCAAGCCUACUAUCUUGGACAGCAUACCUCUCCCUUUGAAGAUUAGAUAUGGUAAAGUAGGAAGUGUAUUUGUUGAUAUACCUGUCACAAGUAUCCUUUCUUCACCCCUUAAAAUUGAGAUCAGAGAUAUUUUCAUACUGAUCAAUCCCAAAGAUGUCAAUGAAUGGAAUGAAGAAGACACUAAGAAAGAAUUUAUUGAGGGAGUCCAGCUCCAACUUGAGGCACUUGAAGACAUAUUCAAGGCCCAACUUGAGAUCCAGAACACUGAACCAGGGAUGUGGGAGAGUAUGAAGAUAAAGAUUUUAGACAAUAUCCAGAUUGAUAUUAAGAACAUUUGUUUCAGAUUCGAAGACUCAAUCUCCAACGAGAAGACGUCUUACGCUUUAGGAAUCAAUCUUGAGACUAUCCAGCUGUACACAUGUAAUGAAGAUUGGGAGAGAGACUUUGUUUCAGGAAAAGAUAUUUCUCUCAAAAUGGCUAAGAUCACGAACUCCGAAAUGUACUUGAACUACUGUGACAAAGGAGACGAAGACGAUAGCGUCAACUUGGGAAAUCUUGAAGAGGAUAUGGAUCCCGGAAAGAUUCUACAAGACUUACUUAAGCGCAGCAAACGAAACAGGAAGUUGAUUGAGAAGUUUUGUAUCGAAGCCAAAGUCAAGUUUAAUAAAACCCUCAAGAAGAACAGCAAGCCCAUGGUAGACGUCAACCUCGUCAUUGGUGGUAAAUUUAUGGAGGAAAGGAAAGAUAUAAUCGCCUCUGAAGAGAGAACUAACUUCUUCAGGCUUCAAAAGCAACAAAUGAACUGAAUCUUGAAGUACUUGGAUUAUUCAGCCAAAUACAGAGAAUUCAAAACUGAGGCUCAAAAGAGCUUCCUUGCUAAAUAAAUUCAGGAAGGAGGAGUCCCAGAGAUACAUGACUCUAUACGAGGAGUACAAGAGGAAAGCUGGUGAUGACAAGAGAAUAGAAGAGCAAGAGAAAGUCGAAGAGCUUCGAGGAGAGAUGAAGGAAAUUGAGGAAAGGUAUGCCUAUGAGACCAUUGCAGCCUUGAGGCAAGCCGCCACCAACAGGUACAGCCUCGACCCUCAGAAGGCACGAGAGAGAGAAGAAAUGUGGAGGAAGAUAGAGAGGUUCGAAUAUUCCAAGACUGAAGGUGUUUUAUCCUUAUUGUUGUUUCCUUUCGGAAGGUCUAAGGCUCAAAAUCUCAAAGAUAAGCAAGAUACCAAGGAGUUCAGAGACAAGCUAAUCCGAGAAUUUGAAGAGAAAUAUAAAGAUGAAGAGGAAAAGAUAGAUGAAGCAAGUGAAAAUUUAUUUGAAAUUGGAUCAAGGUUCAACCAAGAAGCACUCAGAGUCAUGCCUGAUGAAUGGGCUCAAUUCUUGGUUAAUGUUUUUAUCCCCAAGCUCAGAAUUGCCUUGCUAGAAGAUGACUCUUGGGCUAAGAAGGGAAAGGCCAUCAUGGAGAUAGAAAUGGUUGACAUGAGGACUGAUGCACAAAUUGGACAAAAUUGGCAAAAGAUAGAUAUCUCCUUUGCAAAACUCAACUUCAUCGAUAACAUCACUGAGAACACCACUGGAAGAGAUAUCUCGCAGUCUAUUGUUAACACUAUCUUCUCGGAGAACCCAUACAAUGAUGGGAAGGAUAGCUUAAAGCUGCACUUUGAAACCAACCCUAGAUUCGAGGAUUGGGAAGUGAAGACAAGACUUUACUCAAAAAUAAGCCAACAUAUCUUUGCUCACAUGCCACUCGUCAAGGAGCUCCAGGAGUUCUUUGGUGCAGGAGAAAGCUCUGAGGAGCUAAUACCUAAAUCAUCAAAAAUGCAAGAAAAUUUAGAUGACCUCAGUCAGCUCUGAGACUAUAUUCAGAAGAGAGAAACUCAAGCUCUAGAGAGUCACUUCGAGAUUUGUAGGAACCAUAGCGACUCUUCACCAUUUGAUAGAGAGAUGCACCAUAAGUUCGUAAACUACUCUUCGAAUAAAGGAGAACAAGAUCAUCAGAAAUUGAUGAUUAAUUUGCAGAUCAUUCAGAUAUUGGUUGGAACUAUCAACAAGGACUCUGAAAGCGUAAAGGGACUAGACAAUCUAAUACAAGCAACUCACAGUGAGGCUUUCAAUGACAUUAUUGAAAACUACAAAGAAGUUGAGCUUAUCAAGAAUUCAGAAGAUGCUCUGAAUGUUUCUGGGGAUCAUGUCUUUGAACUUUUAAACUCUCUUAGAAACAUCCCAGGCAAAAACCUGAGUCAGGGCCUUAGCAAGGAGUCUCAGUACAACUUCAUGUCCCAAGUACAGAAAGAUGUAAACGAAAGAUACCUUCAAGAAGCUCAGUUUGGUGCUGAAAUGGACAAAACCAGUGAUUACAAUUUGCAAAGAUCUAUUUCUGACUUAUAUGAAGAAGAACAAAUUUAUCAGAUUUUGAAGGAGACACCCAGCUUCAUAAAAGAGGAGCCCCAAAUGACUGGAACCUCCAGACGUUUGGCCGAUCAGGACCAAGCCUUAAGAUCCCAGCUUCCUGAUUCUCCCGAGCACGAACACCUAAAAGAUUAUGAGGAAGAGAAAGGAGUCAGUCUUCUCCAGACUGAGGCUGGCAGGUCUGACGCUCAUUGAUUUCCAGUCGAAUUUAAAGAAGAUCACUUUUUGCCUAAUUUUACUAAUCCUGAUAAAGAAGUAGAAGGCUUUUCAGGCGAGAACUAUAAAUCUUGAAAAAGUGAUUUAGGCUCGGUCUCUGCUACUAAUGAUUAUGUCUUUGCUGUAUCUAAGCCAAGCUGGGCUUGCAGAGGCAUUCAGAAUGAAGCCAAUAAUUGAUUCAUGAUAGUCACCCUCCAGAUGCUCUUCUCCGUCCCUGAGUUUACCGAGUACUUAGGUGGAAAUAACCCAGACAUAGAUUCAGCUAUUGGAGAUUUACCAGCUUUAAACUUUAAGGAGAUGCUCAACGGAAAGUCAUUUACUUAUGAAAUGGCUAAGUUAAGUAAAGAUUAUUUUAAACAAGAGACUUCAAUGACAAACAUUGAGAAGUUGAGAUCCCUAUCUGAAAAAGAGUUUGGUCUGAACGAGCACCAUGAUGCUAGUAGAUAUCUGCUUCAUUUGUUUGACAACUUACAGAAUGAACAGAGUCUUGCUACAAUGUCAUAUUUAUCCUCAAAUGAUGGCCACUCUGCCAAUUCAUUACAGAAACUACAAGAAUCUUAUAAUUCCAUAAUUGAUGAACUCUUUAUGGCGAAGAAUAGGAUAGUCAUUAUAUGCAAAUCAUGCAGUAUAAUGAAAGAGAUUUAUGAGGAGUUCAAUAUGAUUCCUGUUCCAAUAAAAUAUGGAAUCGAUGGACCAACUAUUGAUAAUUUCUUUGAAAAUUCAGCAAAGAUCUAUUUAUGGAAGCCUGAAAGAUCAUUCUGAGGCAAUCAUGACACUUGAACUAUCACGGAGAGGAUAGUCAAGGCUCCGAGAUAUCUUCUGGUGUCUAUCCAAAGGUUUUACAAAGAUUCUCAUGGUUCUCAAAGGAAGAAUGAAGAUAUUGUACUAUACCCCAAUGAAUUCACUUUGGAAAAUUAUGUAGAAACAGAGACCAAAUACAGCCUAAAAGCUGUGAUUUGCCACUCUGGAGACCUAGACAGUGGUCACUAUUAUGCUUAUUGUAGAAGAGGCCUAGACUGGUACUAUUUCAAUGACGAAGAAGUUUACCAAGUCAGAUACGAUGAAGUUGACCCAAAGAAUGCUUAUAUGCUGACUUAUGAAGCCCAAGUAUAAUAUAUAUCAAUAUAUCUACA